CUGCCACUCCUUGCUCCCCACCCAUCCACAUCUUCUCCUUCCUCAACCACUCCGAACAACAAGUGGUAGACAUGGAGAUCCAAGCACGGCAGCGACUGUUGGGCGUUUGCGCCAUUGUGAUGGCGAUGGGUUUCGCCAAUGCCGUGCAAGGAGAGACAGAGCUGCCGGUCGUUGUCGGCUUGGCCAAGUGCUCGGAUUGCGCGAGAAAGAACAUGAACGCCGAGGCAGCUUUCAAAGGUCUUCAGGUGGCCGUGAAGUGCAGGAACAGCAACGGUGAGUACGAGAGCACGGCCGUGGGGCCGGUGGACAAGUCCGGCGCCUUCAGCGUCCCACUGGCCGCCGACCUCGUCGGCGAUGACGGCGAGCUGAAGCGGGAAUGCUUCGCGCAGCUCCACAGCGCGUCGAGCGAGCCAUGCCCCGGCCAGGAGCCCUCCAAGAUCGUCGCGGCGCCGGCCGUCCAAGGCGGCGGCGACAAGACUUUCGUCGCGCUCGGCGGCGAGGUGCACCGCUCGUCGUCCGAGUGCGCUUCGGCGAUCCUUUGCUACCCUUUCCUCCACAAGCACCACCAUGUAGGGAUCCACACGCCCGUGGUUGUCCCUCACGUCCCAGAUCACGGCCACUCCCUGCCGCCUGUCACCAAGCCUCCGGUGGUCGUGCCUGAGCACAAGCCGCCGGUGCCCGUGCCGGAGCACAGCGCGCCUCCUUCGACGCCGGUGUACACGCCACCGUCGACGCCGGUGCCCGUGCCGGAGCACAAACCUCCGUCGACGCGAACCCCCAUCUACCACCCGCCGGCGCAGCGCAAAACUGUCGCUGACCCGUAGCUCUCGGAGCUGCUCCCGUUCUUCAAGAAGUUCCCUUUCUUUCCUCCUGCAGCGCACUAGAAAGCUUGGUCAGUGGUUUCUUGGCUUUUGCAGGUUAUGCAGAGUCCUCGGAAUAAAGGUUGUGAGGUUGAUUAGUUCAGCAUGAGGUUGCGUUAAUUUAGAUUGUGUGUGCUAUGUAUUGGAGAUAAUUAUUAGGUCUCUUGUGUAAUUUUCUCUUAACUGUUUUCAUUUAUGUAGCUCUGGUAAGAAAUUGGAAAUUCGAACCAUCAUUGGCAUGAAAGCAUGCUAAGUGCUUUCAUAGUUUAUCUUACUUCCCUCA